UUUUGUCUGCAACUUGCAGAGAGAGAGAGAGAGAGCUUCUUCGAGGAGGAGAAAGUCUAGAAACUACCGUAUUUGUCUGUUUAAGGGCACGGUUUCACUCGAUUUGUGGUAAAUUUUUGUGGUGGAAUUACUUGGAGGGGUGUCUGCGAGUUACGAUUAUCCGGGAAAAGUUGUGAUUUUCUGGGAAAGUUCGGAUUUCUUUGGAAUAGUUUCGUUUUUUUGAGAUUUGUACAGCCAACAGAAGGGCUCUUGGUGUACUGGUGAACUUACUUCAUUGGGAAAUAUUUGUGUGUAAUGUUAAAGUUUCUGUAUUGCAACUUGGCACCCCAGGCUCAAACAACAGAGAGAGUUUCUAGUAAAGGAAGUUUUGGAAUAAUUCAACAAACAUGACAUCAGAUAACAAAGUUGCUUCCCUCUUCAGUGGCGGGUAAAAAAGUGGAGGAAUGUCAGACUUGUGCUUGUAUGAGCUCGAAGAUAGUGCGUGGCAUGAAUUUGGUGGGAGUGAAGAUCAUAUAGUGCCUCAUCGUACUGGCGGUUAUGUGAAUCAGUGUGGAUAUUUGGAUGAUAGCUGUAAGAAACUGCGUCGUGAAGUGAUUGUCACCAAUUAUGCUGAUAAAGCUAAAUACAGUAAUCUGAGAGGGCACAAAAGUAACUUAGCAACUCUAACUGACGAGGUUAAAAUGCUGGAGAAGGAUUCGUGGUCCGUCGCACCUGAUGGUGUAUUUCCUACUUCAUGUGAUGAGUCAUUCAAAGAAGUGACGAGGGCAGCAUCUGAUGCUGCAAAGAUGUCUAGUGAUUCUGUUGGUACUGAGCUUUGUGUUGACAACCGCAUCUUAGGUGAAGGUGGUGCUGCAAUUGAUGGUAACUUGUAUCAUUAUCCGCUAAGUCAUAUAUCCCAGGUGGACAAUGAUCUCAGCUUUCUUGAUAAUGAUCGCGAAGAUAAAGCCAGCAGUGAUCUAUUUGACGGUUGGCAGGAUAUUGUAAAUUUUGAGGAUGUUGACAGGAUGUUUAGAGGUUGUGAUUCUUCAUUUGGGUUAGGGACUCUAAGUCAUGAAGAUGAGUUGAGCUGGUUUGCGCCGUUGCAUACCACUGAAGUGAGUGAAGAUGCAUUCAAAUCUGGUCCCAAGUUCACUUGUUCUGAGGAAAGAGCAUCGAGUGGUGUAUCUGAACAUUAUGAAGCUUCCAGGUCAAAUGAUGCAGUUCCUUCAAUAAAUGAUGAAAGUAGAAGCUUUUCCACUGUCGACAAAAUAAAUCCUUGGACUCUGCAUGCUAGCAGUAGCAACCAUUCUUGUAUUGGCCAAACAUCAUCUCUAAAUGGCCCAAGCCCGAAGUCUAGAAGUUCGGAUGGCUGGAUGGCCAAUGAGCAGCCACGAACUCCAUGUAUGCAUCAAGAGUAUGGUCACCCAUCAAAUCAAAUCUCAUCCUGUUGCACUCAGUCUGUUGCCAAAUCUGAAGACACUGGCUUGUCAUCUGCUCCGUGGGGGGAGUCUUCUUAUGCAUCAAAUCCAGUCCAGUCCAUGGAGAGCUCUUAUUGUGCUACAUGUGAUGCUUCUGCUAUAGCAACAAAUUCAAAGAGAGAAAAUCUGUAUCACCAAAAGGAUUUAGAAGCCUCAUUCACUGGAAAGUUUCAGCAUGAGGGUAUGGUAAGUCGAUCAGCAUUUUGUGAUCCAGUCUCGGAUCAGAAGCAAGCCCAUCAAUCUGAACUUGAAAUUGAAGGUCGUAGUGAAGUUGGAGGAGUUAGUGUAGGAAUCCCAUCAGAACUAGAUUCUUCAAAUGCGCAUGAGAGCUCUAGUGUUAGUUCUUUGUUGGAUGAAUCAUCAGUAGAAGCGAGUAGCUUUCGGCAGCUUCAAAAGGUCAUGAAACAGUUGGAUAUUAGGACAAAACUGUGCAUAAGGGAUAGUCUAUAUCGUUUGGCUAAGAGUGCAGAGCAGAGGCAUAAUUGCAGGAAUUCUAAUGGUGACAUAAAAAAUGGCCGACAGACAAGUGGAGCACCACUGACUGAAGAAACUGAUAAUUGCAACAGGUUAAUGGAUAUGGAAACUGAUACAAAUCCAAUAGAUCGAUCUAUUGCACACUUACUAUUUCAUAGGCCAUCAGACAUAUCUGCAAGGCCAACUACUGAUGCUAUGCCUCUCAAGUCUAAUCCCAUGAUUCAUGGGACUGCGACGAGUUCCGCUGUGAUGGAUGGGGAAAUGCUUUAUAAGCAAGAAGAUGCAGCUGGUACUGAUAAAAGGUUGAUAGAGGAUGCCAAACACUAAGAUCAACUAGCUGCAGCACAGUUGUGAUACAUGGUCUUGUAUAAAAACAUCUCUUAAUGUGCCCGUGGAUUCCGGCUUCCAUUUUAUUCCUGGAUUUGAGUUCUUAGAAUGUACUUUUAACAUGUAUUUCAGGUAUAUCCUUGUUGGUGGUGAAGAUAAGCUUCUUAUUUUUGCUCAUCUUCUCACCAACAUUUCAAGAGAUCAGAAGUUCGACUCUAUGAGCAGCUUAAUGUUAUAAACUUCUUUUGAACUGGUUUAAGUCUCUAAUUCUUUUAAGUUAA